AUGAAUAGUGAAAAUAGUCAAAUUGACAAUGAAGUAGCAUACUCUGAUAUACAAUUAGAAAAGAAAAAGAAGCACAAAAAACAUACCAUCAAUUCAGAAACUAAUCUUGAUAUUACGAACAGUAGUAAUACAGAUUUGGUUAUCAAAGAUAAGAAAAAUAAAGAUGAUUUAUCACCAGAAACUGUAGUAUCUGAAUUAUGUACUGAUGACACAAAUAAACAAGAACAGAAGAAAAAAAAGAAAAAAGAAAAGAAAUUAAAGGAAAAGUCAGAGGUCGAUCAAGAAUCAGAAUCUUCUAAACUGAUUGAAAAUGACAUAGUCCAAGAGAAGAAACCAAAGAAAUCUAAACAUCAAGAUAAAGAAAAAAACUCCACAGUUUCUAAUUGUGAUUUGCACGAAGCUCAAUUAGAUAAUGUAUCUGUAAUUCAGAAAAAGAAUAAAAAAUCCAAGAAACAUAUAGCGGAAAGUGAUGAAAAUCCAUGUACUGAUCAAAUCUAG